AUGGGAAGUUCAUCAAUGUGGAUGACACUGCUGCUACCUGCGCUGCUCGUCGUGGCAAUGGCGGCGGAGAACCUCACCCUAAAGCCAGGAUGUGUGGACAAGUGCGGCAACGUCAGCAUCCCCUACCCCUUCGGCAUCGGCAAGGACUGCUUCCGCGAGGGCUUUGAGAUCUCAUGCGGCAGCGACUCAGUACCGGUCUUGGUGGGCACCGGCCAGGACAUGGACAUACGGGUGCUAAACCUGUCCUUGUCACCGCACCCCGUGGCCCGGGUGAUGCUACCGGUGGCGUGGCAGUGCUCCAACUCCGCCGGCAACAUCACCAGCGGGUCGUCCGACGGAGCGAUGAUCAAUUUGAAUCCGGAAGGCGUGUACCGCAUCUCCAGAGACCUCAACGAGCUUGUCGUCCUUGGCUGCAACACCCUCGGCUUGCUCGCGAGUGGCCUGCCUGGCAACCAGGUCUACACGGCAUGCCUGGCCUACGCCAAUGACCUCAGCACCCCGCAGGAAGGCGCAUGCUGGGGCGUCGGCUGCUGCAGCGUCGACCUCCCGAUGGGGCUCACAAACAACCUUGUCAAGAUGGGCUCCGUCGGCUCCGGGAAGCUGGACGUCUGCCCCUGCGACUAUGCCUUCAUCGUCGACAAGGGCCACUACAACUUCUCCAAGGCCGACCUCCACAUGAACGGGAGCCAGACCAGCAUGCCGCUGUCACUGGACUGGGCCAUCCGCGACAACGGCAAGACAUGCGCUGACGCAGCGACGCAGCCGGGGUACGCCUGCAAGAGUGUCCACAGUGAGUGCGUCAACACCAAGAAUGGGCCUGGCUACACCUGCAACUGCACCAAAGGCUACGAAGGCAACGCUUACGUUGACAACGGAUGCACCGAUAUAGAUGAAUGUGCACGUCCAGCAGACUAUUCGUGCCAUGGUAAAUGCAAGAACAUCGACGGGCAUUACGAAUGCAACUGUGGUACAGGUUAUAACAGCAACGACCCAUAUACUGAAACUUGCACUCCGAAGUUCCCAUUGCCAGCACAGAUUUCCAUAGGUGUAAUAGGUGGUAUUCUUCUCUUGGCAUUCCUAUCAUUCAUUAUUAUCAUCCGCAAAGAGAGGCGGAUGAGGCAUGAGUUAUACAGAAGGAAUGGCGGACCUAUAUUAGAAAAGGCUAGUAUUAUAAAGCUUUUCAAAAAGGAGGACCUCACGCCAAUUUUAAAAACCAGCAAUAUUAUUGGAAAAGGUGGCUUUGGUGAAGUUUACAAGGGCCUUAUUGAUGGAGUAUGGGUCGCGGUAAAGAAACCGAUUAGUGGAAAUCAGAUGGAGUCCAACCAAUUUGCAAAUGAAGUCAUCAUCCAAUCUAAAGUUAUCCACAAGAAUAUCGUUAGGCUCAUAGGUUGCUGCCUAGAAGUCGACACCCCCAUGUUAGUCUAUGAGUUCAUAUCACAAGGAAGCAUGGAUGACAUUCUUCAUGGUGGGGAGAAGAAGCCUCUCGGCUUGGAUGCGCGGAUCAAUAUUUUAGCAGCAUCAGCACACGGUCUAGCUUAUAUGCAUUCACAAGCCAAUACCGUCAUCCUGCAUGGUGAUGUUAAGCCGGCAAAUAUUCUCCUGGAUGAUAACUUUAUGCCCAAAAUCUCAGACUUCGGUAUAUCAAGGUUGAUUGCAAGAGACAACGAACAUGCUGCUUUAGUCAUCGGUGACAUGACUUAUAUGGAUCCAGUGUACAUGCAAUCAGGCUUGUUGACUGAAAAAAGCGAUGUAUAUAGUUUUGGAGUGGUGAUCCUAGAGCUCAUCAGCAGGAAGAAGGCCACUGAUCCAGGCAAUAGAAGCUUAGUGAAUAGGUUCCUUGAGAACCACAAGAAGGGAAAGAAAUCAACCGAGCUAUUUGACAUGGAGAUCUCAGAGGGAUCUGAGGACCUUCUUCAAAGCUUGACAGAGCUUGCUAUCAAAUGUCUUGACCUUGAGGUGGAUCAAAGACCGACAAUGUCUGAAGUUGCAGAGCAACUUGUCGCAUUCACUCGAUCCCACCAGGUGCUCGUGUAG